UAGUGACGUCAUAAGCAAUAUCUUAACAGCUGGCUGUUCGGCAUAAGAAAACACAGGGCUUUUCCGACGACCGAGAAGUGAAGUUUUCCAUCAGUCGCCAUCUUCUUACUCGAUCUUCGAGGACACCUUCAUAAUAUUUGGUGUGAAUCAUUCCAUGACAGUUUGUUCACAACGAAUUACAUCAAGAUUACGAAGUAACAUGGCUGAUAUAUUAGAAAGUUAAUCAAACUGAUAGACUUUCUGUUCACUUCGUCGAUAUUUUCCUGCCUGACUUGUAGUAUUUCCCAGGGGAGGUCAUCUGCACCUUUCUGACAAGGUCACUAUAGAAAAGGAGUGUUUAUGUGUCGAAACAAGGUGCGUUAGUGUGAACGCCAGGCUGGAUCGUCGGAUCUUUUCAAAGUUGUGUCAUAAUUCAAAACAUUUCGACAUAAAAAGGACGUGAUGUAUCGCGUGAAGACUAUAUGUUGUGGCCUUACAAGGCCAGCAACAUCUACAAAAGUUCUGCAAUAUUGUAGACCAUGCUCACAGGUCCAACUUUCUUCAAAUUCAAAAGACAGUCAAACUGGCCGAGGUCCGACUGCUCGAAAAUAUGCGACCAAGGCUGCUGCAGAACCAUUCCUCAAUGGCACCUCAUCCGCUUAUGUUGAGGAAAUGUACAAUUCAUGGCUUAAGGAUACCAACAGUGUGCAUAAGUCAUGGGACUCCCAUUUUAAAAUGGUCUCUAAAGGUGCCCAGCCAGGAGAGGCCUAUGCCAGACCCCCUGCCCUCGGUGGGAGCAUGAUUCCUGCGGGAGCCACAGGCAUGCAACCAGGGGCUUUGGGGGAGAAAGAAAUCACUGAUCAUUUAUCCGUCCAGGCCCUUAUAAGGGCUUAUCAGAUUCGAGGCCACCAUUCUGCAGACUUAGAUCCCCUGGGAAUCAGCCAGGCUACGAUAAACCAAGAUGGCUUGAACACUGACCUUUCUUACUCGCAUUAUAACUUUGCUGAGGAGGAUCUUGCGCGAAAAUUUCGCUUGCCAAGAACCACCCACAUUGGGGGAGAUGAAGAAAUGCUCUCCCUUGACGCUAUUAUAAACAGGCUAGAGAAUGUGUACUGUCGCCAUAUUGGACUAGAAUACAUGUUUAUCAACAACCUGGAGCAGACAGACUGGAUUAAGAGCAAGUUUGAGAAGCCAGGAAUCAUGGAGUUCACAAAUGAAGAAAAGCGUCUCAUAAUGGCCCGUCUUAUUCGUUCAACCAGAUUUGAGGACUUUCUGGCCAAGAAGUGGUCAUCGGAGAAGAGGUUUGGGCUGGAAGGCUGUGAGGUCCUCAUCCCUGCCCUCAAAACCAUUGUGGACUCGUGUACAGAAUGUGGUGUGGACACCUUUCACGUUGGCAUGCCUCACAGAGGACGUCUGAAUGUGUUGGCAAACUUGUGCCGUAUGCCCUUGGAGAAGAUCUUCUGUCAGUUUGACUCCAAACUAGAGGCAGCUGAUGAGGGAUCUGGAGAUGUCAAGUACCAUUUAGGCAUGUCACAUGAACGUCUGAACCGAGUUACAAACAAGAACAUCAAGAUUGCGGUAGUCGCCAAUCCAUCCCACUUGGAGGCUGUUGACCCUGUGGUCCAGGGCAAAACAAAGGCAGAGCAAUACUAUCGUGGUGACACGGAAGGCAAAAGUGUGAUGAGCAUCCUUUUGCAUGGUGACGCUGCAUUUGCAGGGCAAGGUGUUGUAUACGAGACGUUCCACUUGAGUGACCUUCCAGCCUACACCACUCACGGAACUAUCCAUGUCGUUGUCAACAAUCAGAUUGGUUUUACCACUGACCCACGUAUGGCACGGUCAUCUCCGUACUGUACUGACGUUGCACGUGUGGUGAAUGCACCUAUCUUCCAUGUCAAUGCUGAUUAUCCAGAGGAGGUGGUUUAUGUGUGCAAGGUCGCAGCAGAGUGGAGAGCAAAGUUUGGCAAGGAUGUCGUUAUAGAUCUGGUAUGUUAUCGUCGUUUUGGACACAAUGAAACAGACGAACCCAUGUUUACUCAGCCUCUCAUGUACAAGAAAAUCAACAAACAGCCAACUGUCCUGUCCAAGUAUGCUGAAAAGCUCAUCCAGGAAAACGUUGUGAAACAGCAUGAGUAUGAGGAAGAGGAAAAGAAAUAUGAUGCCAUCUGUGAGACUGCGUACAUUGAAUCUAAAAAGCAGACAGCCGUGAAAAACUCGGACUGGCUUGACUCCCCUUGGGGUGACUUCUUUGGCAACCAGGACCCCAUGAAAAAUCCAACAACUGGAGUCACUGAAGAUGUUUUGGCUCAUAUUGGAAGUCAAGUCAGCACUGUGCCUGAAAACUUUGACAUUCAUGGAGGCCUCAAGCGUGUGUUACGUGGGCGAGCUGACAUGGUUAAAAAUAGGAUGGCUGACUGGGCCUUAGGGGAAGCAUUUGCCUUUGGUUCACUGGUCGGGGAGAGCAUUCAUGUACGACUCAGUGGACAGGAUGUAGAGAGAGGCACAUUUAGCCAUCGUCACUGUGUGCUGCAUCAUCAAAAUAAAGACAAGGUCACAUACGAACCCCUGAACCAUCUCUACCCAAACCAGGCGGAAUUCAAAGCUCACAACAGCUCACUAUCUGAGUUUGGUGUCUUGGGGUUUGAUCAUGGUUAUUCCACUGACAAACCAAAUGCCUUGAUUAUUUGGGAGGCACAGUUUGGAGAUUUCCACAACACAGCCCAGUGUAUCAUUGAUCAGUUUGUCUCCAGUGGUCAAGCUAAGUGGACACGCCAGAGUGGACUGGUCAUGCUGCUUCCUCAUGGCUAUGACGGCAUGGGUCCAGAACACUCAAGUGCAAGGCUGGAACGGUUCCUUCAGAUGUCCAGUGAUGACUCUGAUCAUUUCCCUGUGGAAAAUGAGAACUUUGAGAUGCAGCAGUUGUAUGAUAUCAACUGGUUUGUGUGUAUGCUGUCCACUCCCGCUAACAUGUUCCAUGUGUUACGUCGACAGAUUGCUCUUCCUUUCAGGAAACCGCUGAUUAUUAUGACGCCCAAGAACCUGCUACGUUUGCCUGAAGCAAGGUCAAGUUUCGAUGACAUGUUGGAAGGUACCAGGUUCCAGCGUGCCAUUCCAGAAGAGGGAUUACCAUCGGAGAAUCCAAAUGCUGUUAAGAAACUGAUCUUUUGUAGUGGAAAGGUCUACUAUGAACUGGUCAAGGAAAGGGAUUUGAAGGGCAACACAGACAAAAUCGCCAUCGCUAGGAUAGAACAGAUCUCGCCUUUCCCUUAUGAUCUGGUGAGGAAGGAGAUCGAGAAAUACUCGGGAGCUAAAAUUGUGUUUGUCCAAGAGGAGCCAAAGAAUAUGGGUGCUUGGUGCUACGUGCAACCCCGCAUGACCACAGUUCUCAAACGUAUUAAUUCUAACCGCGAAAUCAAAUAUAUUGGACGGGAUCCAUCUGCAGCCACAGCUGCAGGCAACAAACAACUCCAUAUGCAGGAGCUCUCCAAAUUCCUCAAUGAUGCUGUGCACCUUUAAAUAAAAAGACUUUUGUACCCAAGGGAGAUAAGCAAAGUUUGAUAGAGUAAAAAGUAGACUGAGAAGGGAACUCAGAGGAAACAGACUUGCAUAAUGAUUUUGUAUUGUUUAUGCUUCAUAAAGUUUUUUUCUCCUGAAAGCCAAGUGACACUGUUUGUGAUUGGUUUCUAAAGGGAAUGCUGUUGAAACCACUGACUUAAAUUUCAUGUGUUGUUGACACACUGGAAUGCUCGAUCUGAUUUUUGUUGAGAAGUAACAUUUAUGUUGUUCCACUCUGAUUCAUGGCACAGAUAUCUUUAUUAAGUAUUCAGCACAGCAAAACUUACCAGAUGGAAAAUCUGAAGUUGUAUUCUUUUCAACCAACCUCAGUUUCCAUGUCAAUACAAUUUUUUUACUGGGAGGUGAUGGGCCAGCUUGAUUAAUAUAGAAAGGUAGUAGCCCAAGGCACUAAUGUCGAUCUUUUGACUAGAUCAUAUUGACCAUGCACAACUUAAAAUCUCUGAAUAGCAUCAGAUAUAGUACAGUCUGAGUUUAACCAAACCAUCUAUUUGCUGGCUUGUUACUAAUUAAAUCUCUAGACCAUCUCGAUUCUUCAUACUUCAUCGAUGCUUUUGGUUGCAUAUGAUAACAUCAGACUUGAAAAAGACUCUGGAAAUAUAUCCAGACCAUUAAAACUGAAAUGGAUGGAUUUCAAACUUUUCUUCACUGUUUUUACAAUUGCUUAUUGUCCACAGAUUGAAUACUUUGUUAGUUAUAAACAAAUUUGGUUAUUUAAAAAAAAAGGAUAAAAGCACUUGGUAUCCAGUUGCACCGUUUGUGCUCUAUUUGGCCAGUUGUCUGAGAUAAGGAGUGUUUUGAUAUUGAAUACCUGGACUAUUUUUAUAGGCGUGUAUAUAUUUUUAACUGAGUUAUUAUCCAAGCUACGAGCAUCUGUUGUAAAUAUGUAUAAAGAGAUGUCAGUGGCUCUUAGGCACAUUUUUGCGGUGAAAUCAUCACAGAUUAUCACAAGGAAAUGAUGAGAAGGUUAGCGUUUCAUAGUUGUCAUUAGAUAUGAAGUUGUCAUUUUACUUUGCUAUAUAUAGAGGAUUUAUAUUUGAUCUUCAUAAGUUAAGCUAAUGUAGAUUUGGGCUAUUGAGAUCUGAUACUUGUUUAACCUCCUUUUUAUUUUGUUCUCAUCAUAAGUCUUGCAUUUUUUGACAAUGAGUAUUUAAUUGUGAAUGGAGCUAUAUAUUUAAAUUAUUAAUGGCCACAGAGCAUAUUUUUUAGUGCUUCCUGUUCUUUCGUUGUUGGAUGUAGGGCAAGUUACCUCCCCUUACUAAACGAGGAACCGGUUGCAUUCCCUUUUUAAGAAAGAAGAAAAUUGAUUAAAAAUUCAUAAAAAUUUCUGGAUAAAUCAUAUCAAAAAUUAUGCAUGUGUGAAAUUUAUUUUCUUGUGUCAUAUUAAUCAACUGAAUGGAAUUUUUCUUAAACAAAUACAUAUGAUAUCCUUGAGUGGGUUAAGUUGACACCGUGAAAGGUUUAUCUGUCAUUGUUUUUGUUCUGUUCUUAUUUCUAGAUGGCAAAAAAAUAUAAAAUGACAACAAUGGUAUGACUGAUUGCAACAAAAUUGUUAUUUUGUUUCUUUGUGUGUCUUACCUGCAAACAACACAAACUACAGAUUUAUGGAAACUCCUGGGAUGAUAUCUGAAAAUGUCUCUUCUCUGAUCAUCUUCCUUUUCGAGGGAUGUUUUUGGCCAGAUGUUGACCCUGAGAAAAUAACCUGAAACAUGAGAUGACAAGUCAGCUAGAAAUAUCAGAGGAUUUAGAGAGGGUAGAUGUUAGAUGUAAACAACAGGGGUUUGUUUUAAGUAUGGCUCUGAAAUUAUUUUUACAUUUAUCGAAAAAAAUCACAUUGGGUUCAGUGUUCAUUUUCAGACAUUGAUUUCAAAAACAUAAGUUCUGUUUCAUCAUUAGUUGAAUAAGAAAAUCUCAUUGAUGGUUGAACAGUAUUUUGAAAAUAGUAAAGCUUAGAACAUCAAGUGUUUGCUAAGAUUCAGUCUCAUACAGUUUAAUUUUAUUAUUACAUGUAUUUGGUUUUCUUUUCUUAAAGUUAUUUUAAGUUUUAAGUUUGUUCAACACAGUUAAAAUAACAUAUCCUGUAUACAAGUUUUGAAGAAAAAUGCUUUCAGAAUGGUCAUUUGAAAUAAGACAUCUUUUGACAAUCAAUUACUCCAAAUAUGGAAUGUUGGCUGUUCACGAAAGGUGAAUUUUCUCCACAUUUAUACCUCACCCGGUAAAAUAUCAAGAAGUAUUAAUUGAUAGGAAAUCCAAGGACUUGUUAUUUCAAGGAGGUCAUUUUUUUUAUACAAUUGACGUUUGAAUUAUAAAUGUAUUUCUAUAAUGAGCAGUGCCUUUGUAUAAUUAAGGUAGUGUUAGAUUUUUUGCUCCAAUUUUUUUUUGGUUGAAGAUGUUGAAAAUAGGUCAGAUUCGCUAGUACCAGAACUGAAUUCAGUACUGUAUAACUGGAAUUGAUUCCACCAGCAUUUUGGGAAGCUAUAUUUAAUUUUGUCGUGUAAAUAUUUUACCUAAUACAGUCUUCAGUUUAUCUCUGUUAGUGUUAAUUUAAAACAUUGUUAAAACUUUCUUUUUUCGCUUUUAUUUUAUAGUUAUCCAAACUUUUAUUCAUUUUGUUAUCUGUAGAAUAUAUUUCAUUAAUUAUGAUAGAAAAAUGUUUCUGAAAUAUAAUCUUGUGUUAUGAUGACUCGUGUAUAAUUUCCAAAAAGUACAUUAGAUAAAAAAUUCCUUGUUGCAGAUUUUUCAACAAAACUUGAAUCAAAUGAUUAAAUGAAUAUUUGAUGUGGAGGAUUAUUGUAAUUUAAAAUCAAUUUAUGAUAUCAAAAAGUUUCACCAAAAAAGAUACUGUACUGAUAGAAUCAUAUCAAAAGGGUACUUUAAAAAGAUAAUAUCAGAUAUUUGAUCGGUUUGAUCAUUGUUCAAAACAUUCAACCUGUCAUCAGGGGAUAUAGCACACCUUCAUUUCAAUGUUAAAUUUUCUAUCAUCUGAAAUGAUUAAAGUACAGGUUAAGAUGGAAAGAUUUUUUUUUUCAAUUUGGGUUGUUUUUUUUCUUUUCUUUUUUUUAUUUGAGACAAAUUUAUCAGUUAUAUGAAUUUCAGAUUUUAAAAAGUAUCAGGUCAUUUAAAUUUUUAUUUGUUUAUCGAUCUUCAAA